AUGACAGCGACGCCGACGUCGACGUCGGCUGCGACGAGAAAGCAACCUGCAAAUAGCGCGUUGCUCGGCGAAGCUUUUACGGUUAAGCGGCUUUUAGCGAUUUUUGUCAUAUGCACACUGCUCAACACGAGUCAGGCUUUGGAGCUGGGAGACAAGUGCCAGCAUGACAUGGACUGCACAGAUUUCAUCAAGGGCAGCAGCUGCUCAGCUUUGGGCUACUGCGAGUGCGCGCCCUACUUUGUCCAAUUGGACUCCAAGCGCUGUUUGUCAUCUCAACUACUGGGCGGCGAUUGCCAGGUGAGCGAACAGUGCUCGAUGAAGGUGGCAAAUAGCAGCUGCUUGGACGGUGCCUGCCGCUGCGUCGAGGGAUUCUUGCAGUUCCGCAAGCACACAUGUCUGGGACGUAAGUAUCAGACAACUGUUGAUCAAUUGUGGCCCUAA